CUCACCUUACCCAGAUGCCCGACGCAUGCCACUUUUUACCUGAGUGGUAUUGUUCACUUGAGCUCCAUGACGCAACCGUGGCGAGGGCGGCGUGAGCUGCCCUUCGAGUUGUGAGCAAUAGCGGCUCGCAGCGCCAGUCACAACCGCUUGUCCGGUGUGUUUUCUCUUCAUGGCAACCAAACACACAAAGCCAAGAAAACGGAUGUGUAAAGAUAAUGGUGUUGGCUUUGAAACGUGAGGAAAAUGUGACAGCGAUUACUCCAGUGGUGUACAGCGCCAGGAUAGCGGGUGAUGUACCAUAUGUCGUCUGUGUUCUGUGUGUUUGAGUGUGUUUUGUGUGCUGCAGUGUCUUCGUGCGUGUAUUAUGAAACCCAUUGAUAAGAGAAUACGAAAAGCAUUGCAAUGAAUAGGAAAAUGAAGUGUCGAACACAAAAUUGAAACGGUGCCUUUGGUAUGGCGGAAGCCAUCGCCGGAAACUGUCACAGGAAGCCCUGUUAGUUUUCUGGUGCUAUUGUUAUAGGAUUUAGUGAACAAAGCAAGCUAUGAUAUAGUGCAAUCUAGUCCUGUGCUCCUUGCCGACGUCAUGAAGAAAGGCAAGGACAGCCUCGCGGGCGGCGGCGCCAGCGACGGCGUUACCCUGCGGCGGCCGCUGGGGACUGCUACGCCCGCACCCACCACGCCCUCGCCCUACAGCUUCAUGCGGCGCAGCUGCACCUUCGUCGCCGAGAGCAGCCUCGGUCUGCGGAAAUCUGCCCUGCGAACAUCCCUGACGAACCAUGGCAGCAGCGCCCGCACGCCCGCUCCUGCUGUCAACAAAGUGGUUAAGGACAGGAAGAACCUAGCCAUGCAGGUGCGGCAGAAGAAGGAGCUCCUGGAGGAGAGUGCCAACGGUCACACUGAGAGCGACAACGUGACCGGAAGGGGCGGGGGCGGCAGUGGGCGCGUUUCCAGGCUCGUGGGCGGGCUGCGGGCGUGGAGCAGCACCGAGGACGUGCGCCAGAGCGUCAUGGGGGCCAUCGGCCGCACUGUAUCUGUUUCACGGCGCGUCAAGCAGGCCUUCUCGCGCCCUGACAACUCCAAGCCCGACACCGCCAAAGCCCAGUCAACCAAAGCCAACCAAGCCAAAGCCAACGCCGAUACAACCAAAGCCAAGUCCUCGAACGUCAAUGGCACCAAAGCCGCCAAAGGCCAGUCAACCAAACCCGCAGACACUGCAUUUAUAAGGAAGAAACAGGCGGAGAAGGCCAAGCCUUCGAAGCCGCUGCCUGGAAAGUUGCAGGUAGAGAAGCCGGAAGCGGGGCGCCCCAAGUCGUCGCCCUCGGCGAGUUCGGCGGCAGGAACCGCCGCCACUAAUUCACGAUGGUUCCGCCACAUCCAGGAGGCCCAAGAGGCCUAUGGGGCACGGGAUGGACGCAACAGAAGGUCGCAACCCCCAACGCCUCUGCCAGACCCUGAUGAUCAUCCAGGUUCAUCAGGGGAUGCUCUGAGAGAUGUUGAUGAUGAUGUUGAUGGAGGUGAAACAGCAGACGGCACAAAUGAUAUUUCUGGUGACACCAAAGCACAGUCAGGCAGCGGAAAGGCUACUGAACCAGCAGUCAAGCCCGAGGAGCCUUUGAGUAGCACCUCGACAGCAUCACAACCUCCUGCUUCAUCUGAGACCCUUGCUAAUAAGACAGCAGAGGCUGAUGGGGCGAGCAGCGGCAGUAGCGGCCCAGGCGGCCCAUCCCCAUCGGCUGGCCGGAGCCCUGCCUCUGGCCGCCGUCUGCAGGAGGUCCAGAUCAUCCAGAUUGUGGAGGGCCCGACGCUCAUCCAACCCUCCGAGGUGAAGGUUUCUCAGGGAGUGGUCCUCUCUGCAGAGCCUGUUCUCACCCCAAUAGAACAUCUUCGACGGAAAGACUUGAAGAUCCGCCAGGCUUUGGAGGAAAAACAGCACAUCAUUGCAGACAUCCUAAACAUUCCGCAUGAGCACUUUGAGAAUGUGGCUGACAUGGCUGGUGAACCAGCUGUUGGGAACAAGGAACCAAGAGAAUUAGUGUUAGCUGCCAUGUAUCAGGCCAAGUGUUUGCAAGAAACGCUCAAUGAAGCACUUAACAUCCGGGAGUCGGAUAUAGUAGCUGCAAGAGCCAAUAAUGAUAGUGCCAAUAAGCUCUCAAGUUUACCCCUGUAUCAAGCUCCUAUGACAAAGCUUAUGGCCAUAUCUACAUCCUUGUCACAACAGCUUUCGUCUUUAUUGAAUUUAGUGUCAGAGCGUGAUGACGAGCGUGAUCGUAUGCGCAAAGAGCUUGUAGCGUCCAGAGAACGGCUGCAUCUUCUGCACAUGAGGCAGAACUCUCUAACAAACCAGACAUCAACAUCCACUCACCACUCAGACAUCACCACCAGCACUUCCACCACGGCUGCGACCCCUCCCACUGCCACCUCUCCACACACCUCACGACCAAGCUCCUUUGUGUCGGUGGCCUCCUCAGUGCCUGAUCAUUCAGAUUCUCUAGACCACCAUGAUACGGACGAAGAAGGUAGGGGUGACGCUCCCAAAGUGAACAGCACCCACCAGGAGGAGGGGGAAGACUCAAAGGAAGGGUCUGUGGCAGAGACAUUUGAAGAUGCUGUAAGUGGGUCAGAGCCAGCAGACACAGCAGCAGGAGAAGGAGAGCAUUCAUCAGGAAACAGGGAGUGUCUUGGGGAUGGGGCUGCAGUCAGAGGACCUGAGGGCAUAACGGAGUCGAGCACCACCUGAGGCCAGCAGAAAGAUGGUGGUGGUGGAGCUUCCUCCUCAUGGUUGUCGAAAGAUGUGCUCUGCUACACCCUGAGGGGAACAUGCAGGAAUCAUGUACCUCUGUAGCUGCCUUCUCUGCACAGCCUUUUUGGCUUCAACAGAAGGAAGAUGGAGGCUGGAGUGCAAAUCCCUGGCUUGGUGGCCCAGUCCUCCUAACUCUCCAAUCAUAGUGGAGUUACAUUGUCAAUAUAUAUUGAAAUUCAUAUAACAAGCGGGCUAGACAGCUUUGGUUACAGACCUGAGCAUAGCAACACAAAUUAUAUUUAAUUUACUGUGUAUGAUAUUGUAAAUGAGAAAAUAAUAUUAAAAUUCAUAUAAUUAUUGACUCCUGAUAGAGACAUUAUUGGCAGUGUGCAUGUACAACAUAUGAACCAGACUGGCUGGACUUGGCAGUUAUCAUGACCAAUCAGCAUCGUGUAAAUACUAUAUCGUGGCCGUGUGUUGUGACACCUAAGCCCAGUGCACCCGAUGUUGGUACAGGGGUCUCCGUACAAUAUGCUUGGUACUGCGUAUACCAGGCUAUAUUUCUCAGUUGGGAGCUCAUCAUUAACUGAUAUUGAUUUUAGUAGCAUGUGGAACAAAUUUAAAAGGUUGUAAUAAAGAAGAUCUGUAUAGUGAAGAAAUUGGCAAUUUUUUCUUUUUUCUUUUUCUUUUUUUUCUUUUUCUUUUUUUUUAGGUCAACAGAUAUUUUGGUUGUAACUUUACCACCCAUUUUGAUGUCAGAUUGUUAUAUCUCAAGUAUACCUCAAUCUGUGUAUCCUGAAAUAAACCCGGUUCUGUCA